AUGGAGUUCCAGUCUCCUUUCGUUAACCGCUGUUGGCACGGACCGAUCAUCCCGGACUCGGAAACCUUCACUGUCGCCAAGGCGCAGCAGUUUGUAGCCCAUGGAUGUGCAGAUAAAACGGGAGAAAUGCUUAAACCUCUGGACGCCGCCUUCCUGUCAAAUGGACCUCUUGAGAUCCUCUCGCCUGCCCUCAGACUUGAUAACUUGUUUAAGACCCGGCCGGGGUACACUGAAAUCAUGUGCGAGGUUUAUAUGUGUAGAGAGGAUCAAGUGUGCAUUUCGGAAUGCCCCUAUCGCAAAUAUGAUCACUUCAAGAUGGCGAAGGAUGCUUUACAAGUAAACGUCACUGCACUGUUGUUUGUGGAGAAAGGUGUUGUGACGUCAAAACCAGCCGCCAAAGACGAAAAAGAAGUUGACAAUGGGAUCAUUUUCGGGAAAGGUGAUAAAAAAGAAGACAAUACAAGCAACUCAGAUGGACAGAAGUCGUUCCUAGAGAAGAACCAGCCAUACUUCCUGUUAGCCUGCUUGGGCAUGGUCACUCUUAUCCUGAUGUGCAUCGCUGCUGUCGGCUACAAGUACAUCUCCUCACUGAAUAACGCCAAGACAACAAAAAAGAAACAGCGCGCACGGGAUCAUCAGGAAGGUUGCCAAGAUGACGUCACCAAACACGUCAUCACCCCGCCGCCGUGUUACGAAAGAGCACACGUAUGGACCACUCCAGACUCACGCAAGUCAAAUGCGUACUUCGUAGAUGAAGAAGACCGGCGCUUGAUUCCCUCCCUCUCCGAGGUUCAUUCACCAAGGCGGCAAAUUGAAUAUCACCAUGACGCCAUCCGAUCUCCGAGACGUGACGAGCUUUACCCGGAAAUGAGGGAGUUACGCAGGUCCCCACCUCGUCACCAUGAUGACUCGGGCAGACGUCUAGUCGAGCAGGGAACCAACGAGAUUCUGGGAGCAGCUCUUUCAGAAUAUUUCGAGCACCGAGGAGUGCAUGUUCGGAAAUGACUGUUUAUCAUCGAUGACCUGUACUUGUAUGUUUUGUGA